AUAUGCACCAACAGCUGUGCAAUUAUUUUCUAUUUUUAACAGUUACAUUUGCAACAUCGAGAAUUGGUGUAGUGGUCGGAGGUUUGAUUCUACAACAAAUUACAUAAUACUCAUAAGAAAUAAUGGCGUUACCCGAAGGUUUGGCUGGCAAAAUGAAAACUUUCCAGGCUGUCAAUGAUCUGCCUGUAUUCCUCAAGGGUGGACCAGUCGAUAAGGCUCUAUUUGGCAUUACGGCAGCACUGUGCGGUGUGGGCUUAAUAAGUAUUGCACAUAUGAUCUACACAAUGGGUUUCACCAAGAAGAAGGCAUAAUCGUGAACGGCUUUACAUUAUAUGUAUAUAAACAAGCAGUUCAUGCAAUAAAAUUAUAAAAAUUAA